UCUCGACGGAGUGUGCGUCCUUCUAGCGCACAUACAUAUGUAUAUCGACACGUCGCUCAAGUGAACGAAUUGAUUGUCUACAUUUUUAUUAUCUUAUCGUUUUGUUAACUCGUUGAAUUGAAAAAAUCACAUGUAAAUAUAUAUAUAUAUAUGUAUAUGUAGUGUUAAACGAAUCAAAACGAAUUCAAAGGAAAAGAACACGCAAAAUUCGCAAAUGAGCCAAAAGACGUUUACAGCCUCGAGCGGCGCGAUAAAUCCCGCUUUCGUUAUAGACGAGACGGCAAAUGGGGAUGAAGUUAAUCGAUCUAUCCACAAAGCGCCAGAGAGACAGCAAUGGGAGAAAAGUCGGGAAUUUCUACUGUCCUGCAUCGCAAUGUCGGUCGGUCUCGGUAACAUCUGGCGAUUUCCGUUCACGGCUUACGAGAACGGCGGAGGCGCUUUCCUGAUACCGUACAUCAUUGUUCUGCUCGUGGUGGGAAAGCCGUUUUACUUGCUCGAAAUGAUGCUCGGCCAAUUUUGCAGCCGAUCGGCCGUGAAAAUUUGGGAUCUCUCGCCCGCAUUCAGAGGCAUCGGAAUCGCGCAGUUUAUGAUGCAGAUAAUAUUGACGUCCUAUUACUGCUCGUUGAUGGCGUUGACGCUGUUUUACUUAGUCAUCAGUUUUCAAGGGGAAUUACCGUGGGGCAAGUGUCGGGAGGAAUGGGGCGAAUUCUGCGUGGACUCUCUGCCUGGAAACGACAGCAUCAAGAUCGAAAAUGUCAGCUAUUCCAGCUCCGCCGAAUUAUAUUUCUACAAGGAAGUCCUGCGGGAGAAGGCUAACAUCAACAACGGCAUCGGUGUGCCGGACUGGCGUCUCUCGGUCGCGCUUCUUUUCAGUUGGCUGACGAUCUUCCUCGUGAUAAUACGCGGCGUUCGCAGUACCGGCAAGGCCGCGUACUUCCUGGCGAUAUUUCCUUACGUUGUCCUCCUCGUGCUCUUCGUGCGAGCGGUCACCCUGAACGGUUCCGUCGCCGGUAUCCUGUACUUCGUCACCCCGACGUGGGAGAAGCUUUUGUCGCCGAGUAUCUGGUACUACGCGGUCGCGCAAUGUUUCUUUUCGCUGACUAUCUGUUUCGGGUCUGUCCCGAUGUUCGCCUCGUACAACAAGUUCCACCACGACGUAUACCGAGACGCGACGAUCGUAACGACUCUGGACACCCUCACCAGUUUGCUGGCGGGUUGCACGAUAUUCGCCAUUCUGGGUAAUCUCAGCCACGAAUUGGGCACCGACGAUGUCGGGGCUGUGGCCCGAGGCGGCACCGGAUUGGCGUUCAUCUCCUAUCCGGAGACGAUCUCCAAAUUCACCGUCGCGCCGCAGUUCUUCGGCGUCGUGUUCUUCGUGAUGCUGUACGUUAUCGGAAUCGGCAGCCAGGUCGGACUCGCUUCCGGUGUGAUCUCGGUUGUUUGCGAUCAGUUUCCGAAGGUCAGCUACCGGCGCGUAGCAGCCGGGGUUUGCGUCUGCGAGUUCUUGAUCGGUCUGAUAUACGUCACACCGGGAGGUCAGUUCAUGGUAACCUUCGCCGAUUAUUACACGACCUCGUUUGUCGCUUUCUUGCCAGCUGCGUUCGAGGCGAUAGCCGUCGCUUGGUCGUACGGACUCGACAACUUUUUGAACGACAUUGAAUUUAUGCUGAACAGACGAAUGUCGAUAUUCUGGAGACUCUGCUGGAGCGUCGUCACUCCCACCAUACUUCUCGUAAUCUUUCUAUAUACACUAGUCACUUCAGAACCGUUGAAGUACAACAAUGUUUUUUAUCCUGAUUCAGCUUACGUUGUAGGUUGGAUCCUGUUCUUCGUCGGUGUUUUACAAAUACCUUUGUGGAUCUUCAUAGAGAUGCUAAAAAAGAGACAUCUUCGUUUUCAAGAAAUGAUAAGGCAAGCCUUUCGGCCUCUGAAGUCGUGGGGUCCGAGCAAUGCGGAAGAUCGAAGGAAGUGGCUGGAAUUCCGAGACUUUCGUGAAACGGAAGAGAAAAAUAAUAACCGGAAUGUCGAGCGCAACGGUGACUCGCUCGGAGGCAAUUCCGUCUGAUUCGCACAAUGUAUUUAUUCGAAAGUGAAACAAAAUCGAUGGUUCAAGGAAAAUGCGAGCGCGUUCACGUGUUUUUUGCGCUCGCGACGGUGAAACCUCGACAUUGUACUUAUAUAUACUAUAUACAGCGCGCAUAUAUCUUAAUACGUGACAUUAUCUUGACGAUGAUGUGUGUGUAUUGCAACUGACACACAUACACAACGUCCAUUAGCAGACACGUAACGGACGCUCAUAACGUCUAUGUGACUAAUGAACAUCCAAUGGAGGUUUGCGUAGUAUAAUGUUUCGCGUGGGAAUGCAGUCGUCCUUACGGUUUGCUUACGUAACAGUACGGUUGCUUUCGCCGUUAUUAGGAAAAUGGAACAUCGUACGAAUACGAAUGAAUCACGAGAUAAAUACAAUGUGCAUAACGGAGAUAAAUCAAAGACGACGUGUGUUGCUUUUCCAAAUUGCGAACAAUCACCAAAAUCGAAAACGUUAUUUUGUCGAUGUAUAACUACUCAAUAAACCAAACAAAAUUAACGCGCAUAUAUAAAUAAGUUAGAAUGAAUAAUAAAAUUUUCGAAUUACAAAAUUACA